CCUCAUUUUCACUUUCCUCUUCGCUGCUUCUCGAACUUUUAGCCCUUUCCACUUCUCUAUCACUACUUCCACCUUCAACACCAAGCUCAUCAUCCCAAAUUUUCCAUCCAGAAGAUCCAAUUUUUUGUGUAUAUACUACGAGAAUUCGAUGAGCUUUUCCUGUAGUACCAGUUAUUUUCACUUUCCUUCAACGUCUCAGAGAAAUCUCAGUGUUCGCAGUAGAAGAACUCUUCAUCGCCGAUGGAAGCAUCGGAAGUUGAAAUGGAAUCAUCAUCAUUAUAAAAUUCUCGCAAUUCAGAAUUUAAAUCCUAUGCCAUUAGAAAAUCUAUUUCAAAACAUAGUUUCUCAAUUUCCUUCUGUAAAUUCACUCGAUUUAAUUGCUCCAGCCCUAGGUUUUAUCUCUGGUUUUGCUCUUCACUUAUCUCAAUCGCGAAAGUCAGUAAAACUUCUAGAAACUUCUGUUUCGGACCUCGGAGAAUGGAUCUUAUUCACUAGUCCGACGCCGUUUAAUCGGUUUGUAGUACUACGUUGUCCGUCAAUUUCGUUUCGGGAUAGUGAACUUAUGGAGGAGGUGAACGAGAGGCUUGUGAAGGAAGACAGACAUUUUGUGAGGCUAAAUAGUGGGAAGAUUCAGGUGACAGAUGAUUAUGAGAGUAGUUGUGAUGAUGAGAAGUUGGUGUAUCAGAGAGUAUGUUUGAGUACGGAGGAUGGAGGAGUCGUGUCGCUUGAUUGGCCAGCGAAUUUGGAUUUGGAAGAAGAAUAUGGAUUGGAUUCUACGAUUGUGAUUGUACCGGGGACAACUGAGGGAAGUAUGGAUAAGAAUAUUAGAGCAUUCGUUGUUGAGAGUUUGAGGAGAGGAUGUUUCCCUAUUGUCAUGAAUCCUAGAGGUUGUGCUGGUUCGCCAUUGACAACUGCGCGGUUAUUUACAGCUGCUGAUAGCGAUGAUAUCUCCACAGCCGUCCAAUUUAUCAACAAGAAAAGGCCGUGGUCAACAAUAAUGAGUGUGGGCUGGGGUUAUGGAGCCAAUAUGUUGACAAAGUAUCUGGCUGAAGUUGGAGAAAAAACACCUCUUACAGCUGCUACUUGCAUAAACAAUCCUUUUGACCUAGAGGAGGCAACAAGAACGACGCCUUGUCACAUUGCUGUGGACCAAAAGCUCACACGUGGCUUAGUAGAUAUAUUGCAAUCGAGCAAGGAACUCUUUCAAGGUCAUGGAAAAGGCUUUGAUGUUGAAAAUGCUCUUUUCGCUACUUCUGUUCGGGACUUUGAGAAAGCAAUAUCAAUGGUAUCUUAUGGAUUUAACUCCAUCGAAGAUUUCUAUGCACAAUCCAGUACAAGGGAUGUGGUUGGCAAAGUAAAGAUUCCUCUUCUUUUUAUACAGAGCGAGGAAGGGUCAGUUCCCUUGUUCUCUGUUCCACGCAGUUCGAUAGCAGGAAACCCAUAUACAAGCCUACUCUUGUGCUCUUAUUUUCCACAUGAUGAAACGACAAAUGGCAGAUCAACGCUAACUUGGUGCCAGCAUCUUACAAUUGAGUGGCUCACAGCUGCGGAGCUCGGACUUUUGAAGGGUCGUCAUCCUCUUCUGAAUGUUGAUGUCACCAUUAAUCCAUCCAAGGAUCUUACUCUUGUGCGUGAACCAUCUGAUAGAAGUUUUAGAUCAAACAAGCUCUUGGAUCUUCCUAACUCAGAUGCUUUAGAUGGUUGCUCCCUAGAUCCUUCAGUGCAAAUAUUUGAAGGAGGAGAUACCGCUGCGAGAUUUGGAAGAGAUUCAGGAAAAGAUCUUCGGAGCACAGAGAAGCUACAAGAGACCUUUAGCACCUUACAAAAUGGUAGUGCUGCUGAUGCAGAAUCAGGAGGAGAGGAGGCUGGAAGUCCUGUUGAUGGUGAAAGAGGCGUGCUACAGGCUGCAGAACUAGUUAUGAAAAUGCUUGAUGUGACAAUGCCUGAUACACUAACAGAAGAACAGAAGAAGAAGGUCCUGACGGCUGUUGGUCAAGGGGAGACAAUAAUGAAAGCUUUGCAAGAUGCUGUACCUGAUGAUGUUCGUGGAAAGCUCACAACUGCUGUCUCUGGAAUUUUGCACAAUCACAGUUCAAAUCUCAAAAUUGACGGGCUACUAAGUCUUGGACAUAUUCCAAACUUGACAUCUAGAAUAAAGUCAAAGAUAGAAAAGGAUGGAGGAUUUUCAGGUAUAGAAGGUGGAAGUGAAACUCCUCACUUAUCAGAUGGGAAGAAGAGGGCUGGUGAUUUUUCAGAUGAAUUUAAUAAUGACGGCUCUAGCACAGAAAAGCAUUCUCAAGACCUAGUUUCAGAACCUGAGUUAUUGGAGGACGCGCAACAAUCUGUUGAUACAAGUCAGUCUCAAGAAAUGAGUAGCCAUGGUAGUGAAGUUCCUGCUUUAGAUACGAAGGAUAGAAACGAUGUGGAGAGUAAUCAAAGUGCAAAUCUUUCUGAAGAAAACACUGCCCUAACUUCUGAUUACAGGGAUACUGAGUCUAAAGCUGGAGCUAAACUUGAGAGUUCAAGUGUGCCUGAAGUGGAUGGUGGCACUGAGAAAGUGAUUGCUGAGCAAUCCAAAGUACAACAUGAUGGUGGGAAACAUCAGGGGGACUUGAAAGAAGAGAUCUCUACCCAACAAAACGAAGAAAAAAAUUCUGAUAUUUCUAGCGAUCGGAAUAAGGAAAUAUCUUCCACCCAGACAGAGGAUAACAUAUCACUUGCGGCAUCCCCUUCAGAGACCAACGUGCUGGAAAACGAAGUUUCUGAUACUGUCAAAAGAGAAGAAAGAAGUAUGCAGACUGAGUCAAAUCAAAUUAUUCCUAAUGCACCAAGUGUUGAUGUUUCUCAAGCAUUGGAUGCCCUGACUGGAAUUGAUGAUUCAACUCAGGUGGCAAUGAAUAGUGUAUUUCAUGUACUUGAAGAUAUGAUUACUCAGUUGGAAGGGGAAAGAAACACGGAAAGUGAAAUCAAGAAUGAAGACGAUAAAGGUGGACUUGAGAAAAGUGAAAUCAAGAAUGGGGACGACGAAAAUGGACGUAAGGACAGAGACAAGGUUCUUGAUCAAAAUACUAGCUCCAUCUCAAACAAUCACCCUACAGUUGAUAACCAAGAAUUAGAUGAUGUUGAGAAGAGCAAAGUAUGCUUACCUUCCCAAGAAAAAUACAGAACAGAUGCCAUUGUAUUUGGUGAAGUUGAAAGUGGUACCGUCAAUUUUCAGGAAAGUCGUGGAGAAAGCCACGGAGAAAGUGAUCAGAGGAGAAUUUUUUUUGUUAAUGGAGAGCUUCCUGCAGGGGAUUCACUUAGGUCUUUGGAUUACAUUCAAAAAACUGUUCCUGUCUACAUGUCUACCAAUUCCUAUGGAGACCCACUUUACAAAGAAUAUCUUCGAAACUAUUUAAGUUCAAAGGCUGUGAUAACCAAACCACUAGAUUUAGACACCACAACAGCUUUGUUUCUCGACUACUUCCCAGAAGAAGGACAAUGGAAACUUUUGGAGCAGAUUGGAAGUAACAGUGAUUUAGCUGAUGAAGUUGCAGGAGAUGACAGAAGUUAUGUGGAGAUGCAGCAUGAUUCGCUUCGGGAAACAAAUAAUAUGGAUAAUGUUAUUGAGCCAUCUUAUGUAAUAGUUGACGAUGAAAUCCAGGAUCCUGAUGAAGAAUGUUUGACUUCAAACAACUCUAGUGAGAAUGUUGAAGUUGAUAAUGACAGUGCAAAUGGAUCUGCUUUAUUUUUCAGAAAUAUUAUAGUGGACGCUAUGAAGGUCGAAGUUGGAAGAAAAUUAAGUGCUGCAGACAUGAAGGAAAUGCAGCCCAAACUCUUCAGUGAACUGGAACAUGUUGCAAAUGCUAUCUCCCACGCUGUAGGGCAUGGAGAGGAGCUUGUUUCAUUUAUCAAGAUGAAGGACCGUACUUCAGAGAAAGUGGGUACGCUUCAGGCAGAGCAUAUUGUGCAUGCUAUUUCAUCAGCAGUUCAGGGAACUAGUUACUUGAGAAGGGUAUUGCCUGUUGGAGUUAUUGUAGGCUGCAGCCUGGCUGCUUUGAGAAAGUUUUUUUAUGUAGAUGCAGUAGACAGUAGCGGCGAAAGCAAAGAGUUGGUCCUUGAUGAAAUAAGUGAACCAGGGAAAGUAAACUCUAUUCAAACAGCCAACAAGCUGAUUGAUGAAAAGCAUCCUGAUAAACAAGUCUAUGGAUUGCAAAGUCCACUUUGCCAAGUUGAGGGACCAGCUGAUUCAGAAAAUUCAGACAGAAAAUAUAUUAUGGUUGGAGCUGUUACGGCAGCCCUCGGAGCAUCGGCAUUGCUUGUCCAUCAACAGGAUGCUGAAACUAAUGCGAAUUCUUCCAAGCCUUUCGAGGAUGAGAAAAAUCAAAGCAAGGAAGUGGGCAAGCUUGAUGAGGAAACAAAGGAUAAAACUCACAAUAACAUAGUCACAAGCCUUGCUGAGAAAGCCAUGUCUGUAGCUGGUCCUGUGGUGCCUAUGAAAGAAGAUGGUGCAGUGGAUCAAGAUAGGCUGGUGGCAAUGUUGGCGGAAUUGGGACAGAAGGGUGGUAUUCUGAAAUUGGUCGGAAAAGUUGCGUUGCUUUGGGGUGGUGUACGAGGUGCUAUUAGUCUAACUAAAAAGCUCAUCUCGUUUCUGCGCAUUGCUGAACGUCCUUUGUACCAGAGGAUUCUUGCUUUUGCAGGUAUGGUGCUUGUUUUAUGGUCACCAGUGGUCGUUCCAUUGCUGCUCACACUUGUGCAAAGGUGGACAACGCCGAGGCCAUCCAGGACUGCUGAGCUCGUUUGCAUUGUUGGCCUCUACAUGUCUAUUUUCUUACUAAUUACUUUAUGGGGCAAAAGGAUUCGUGGCUAUGAGAAUCCGCUUGAGCAGUAUGGGCUAGAUAUGACGUCAAUGCAGAAGGGACAGAAUUAUCUGAAAGGUUUAUUUGGAGGAAUUGCUCUUGUUUUACUAAUACAUUCUGUGAACUCCUUAAUUGGCUGUGCCCAUUUCUGUUUGCCUGUGGCUCCUCCAACCUCGUCAGCAGCUUUAACCUGGUUAAAGGUGUAUGGUCAGAUGUUUGUUUUAUUUGUUCAAGGACUUGCAACUGCAACAGGCGUUGCCACUGUUGAGGAACUUCUUUUCAGGUCAUGGUUGCCUGAUGAAAUUGCUGUUGACCUGGGAUAUCAUCCUGGAAUCAUAGUUUCUGGACUUGUGUUUGCUUUGUUUCAAAGGUCACCGUGGGCAGUGCCUGGUUUGUGGCUAUUGUCACUGACUCUUGCUGGUGUUCGCCAAAGAAGCCAGGGAAGCCUCUUCCUUCCAAUUGGGCUGCGUUCAGGUAUAGUGGCUUCUAGUUAUAUCUUACACACUGGGGGUUUCUUGACUUAUCAACCAAAGUUCCCUCCAUGGUUCACGGGGUCUUAUCCAACUCAACCAUUUAGUGGAGUAGUUGGUUUUGCCUUCACUUUGUCACUGGCAAUACUUCUGUACCCCGGGGAGCCUCUUCGUAGGAAGACAACAGCCAGAAAAAUCAAGGAAUAAAACAUGUAUGUAACUAUCUAUUGGCGAGAUUGGUUAACGUGUAGCCAAUAUACAACCUGCAUCUUUAAGCAAGCUGGAAAUGUUGGUUGCUUUUGCCACUUCUUCGGCAUAUAGUCAGGCUUGCUUAUACUGGAACACGCGACUGAGAUUAUUGUACUUGAAGCAAUGACUGUAGCAGUGGACGUUACCAGGAAGCGUCUCCUUAAGUAAACUUAAGUUGUUAUAAGUGUACAAAUGAGGCAAAUUUUGUAGCAAAUUAAAAGUGUAAAUGGGAAUUUAAAGAAACCUCUUUUCCCACUUUAUACCACCUGUACAUGUAAGUUGGUUCUUUUCGACUGCAAGGAAAUAUAUAGAAAUCAUUUACCACUGAAGUUCUGCGA